AUGGUGCUCUACAAGUCUACUCGUGGUGUCUCUCCCAGUGUCUCGUUCCAGCAAGCCCUACUCAGUGGCUAUGCUCCAGACGGUGGGCUCUACCUGCCAGAGACACUGCCCUCAUUCAGUAGAGAGCAGCUAAGAGCAUGGGCCAAGCUAUCCUACGUGGAGCUACUCCAAGUCAUGCUCCCUCAUUUCAUCUCCCCUGAUGAGAUCACUGCAGAGGAAUUGAAGAGUCUCUUGGAUGGAUGUUACUCGAAGUUUGAUGAUCCAGAUGACAUCAUUCCCCUCACAAAAGUGGGUGGAGUCAAAGUGGCCGAGAUGUGGCACGGUCCAACUGGUGCCUUCAAGGAUAUUGCUCUCUCAAUUGUCGGACGUUUGGUAGAUUUCACCGUCCAAAAAAGUGGUCGUAAAGCCAACAUCAUAGUGAGCACCUCAGGCGAUACUGGAAGUGCCGCUAUCCACAGUGUUCUGGGAUCAAAGAAUAUCAAUAUCAUGGUCUGGUAUCCACGGGGACGAGUGAGUCGUGUGCAAGAGCUACAAAUGACGACGGUCGAUGCUCCAAAUGUCAAAGUCUUCUCAGCUGACGGAACUGCAGAAGAUUCUGAUAUCCCACUGAAAAAAUUGUUCACUGACAAAGACUUUGUUUCAAAGUACAACCUGACGUGUUUCAACUCGAUUAAUGUCAGUCGCAUUCUCCUUCAAGCCAUACAUUUCUCUUAUCUCUAUCUCCGAGUAUGCCCAAAUGUGGAUCGAGAAGUGACGUUUUGUGUGCCCUCCGGUGGCCUAGGAAACGUUACAGGCGGUGUGGUUGCUCGUAACAUGGAGGUGCCCCUGAAAUUUGUGUGUACGGUGAAUGAAAACGAUAUUGUCGAUCGUACGCUACGUCUUAACGAUUUCUCUAUGACCGACACAGUGCUGCUGACACCCUCUUCAGCAAUGGAUGUGCAGAUCCCUUACAACAUUGAGAGGUUGUUCUACUACCUCUCUGGAAAAAGAACAGAUAUUGUGAGAGAUGUGAUGGAGAGAUUUGAGCGAGAUGGGCGCUGCAAGUUACCUGAAGCGAUCACUAAAAUGAACACGUACCUCCAAACAGCCAGAGUGGACACUGAAGAGCUGUUCUCUGCAAUGAAGCAAGUGUGGCAGGAGAACAACUAUGCUAUAUGCCCACACACAGCAGUUGGUAUGAAUGCUGGCUUGAGACUGGCAGCCCAGAACCCAGAGGAAGAGAUAGUGGUCAUAGCUACGGCUACUCCGGCCAAGUUUCCUGAGGUGAUGGAGAGGGGUGGUGUUCCCGUGCCAAGGGUGGAGCAAAUCGAGUGUUUGUUUGGAUUGCCUGAACACAAGGAGAUGGUGGAGAAAGGAGAAGACUGGGAGAAAAGAAUGAGGAACGCAGUGGCCAGUUUCCAGCAGUGAGAAACUCUGGGAAAGAACGAUGAUUUGUUGCAUUUUCAAUUUAUUUUGCAACAUAAAUUUUGUAAGACUAUGUAGAAAUAAAUUUUUUACGGAAUUUAUGCAAAUAAAA